UCCCGGCCAGAGAGAAGAUGGCUGAGAAGCCCGCGCUGCCCCAGCCGCCUCCUCCUCCUCCUCCGCCUCUGCCUCCUCCUCAGCCGCCGGCGAAGCACGACGGGCGCGUCAAGAUCGGCCAUUACGUUCUGGGGGACACGCUCGGGGUCGGCACCUUCGGCAAAGUCAAGAUUGGUGAACACCAGCUCACAGGACAUAAAGUAGCAGUCAAAAUUUUAAAUAGGCAAAAAAUUCGUAGCUUGGAUGUGGUUGGAAAGAUCAAACGAGAAAUCCAAAACCUAAAGCUUUUCCGGCAUCCCCAUAUUAUCAAACUGUACCAGGUCAUCAGCACACCAACGGAUUUUUUCAUGGUAAUGGAAUAUGUGUCCGGUGGGGAAUUAUUUGAUUACAUCUGUAAACACGGACGUGUGGAAGAGGCUGAAGCCAGGCGUCUUUUUCAGCAAAUUCUGUCAGCUGUAGAUUACUGUCAUCGGCAUAUGGUGGUUCACAGAGAUCUGAAACCAGAGAAUGUGCUGCUGGAUGCUCACAUGAAUGCCAAGAUAGCUGAUUUUGGGUUGUCUAACAUGAUGUCUGAUGGUGAAUUCCUACGAACCAGCUGUGGCUCACCCAACUAUGCAGCACCAGAAGUCAUCUCUGGAAGAUUGUAUGCUGGUCCAGAGGUUGACAUCUGGAGCUGUGGUGUUAUUCUCUAUGCUCUUCUCUGUGGGACUCUUCCUUUUGAUGAUGAUCAUGUCCCAACACUCUUUAAAAAAAUCCGUGGAGGUGUCUUCUACAUUCCUGAAUAUCUCAACCGCUCAGUUGCUACUCUACUCAUGCAUAUGUUGCAGGUUGACCCACUCAAAAGAGCAACCAUCAAGGACAUACGAGAACAUGAGUGGUUCAAGCAGGAUCUGCCUAGUUACUUGUUUCCAGAAGACCCUUCAUAUGAUGCCAAUGUCAUUGAUGAUGAUGCUGUUCGUGAAGUUUGUGAGAAAUUUGAAUGCACUGAGUCUGAGGUGAUGACAAGCUUAUACAGUGGAGAUCCUCAAGACCAGCUUGCAGUUGCUUAUCACCUUAUUAUCGAUAAUCGGAGAAUCAUGAACCAAGCCAGUGAAUUCUACCUCGCCUCUAGCCCACCCUCUGGUUCUUUUAUGGAUGACUCUAUGCACAUCCCUCCAGGAGUAAAACCUCACCCAGAGCGGAUGCCUCCAUUAGUAGCAGAUAGUCCUAAAGCAAAAAGUUCAUUGGAAGCAUUGAAUACUACUAAGCCAAAACCAUUGACUGUCAAAAAGGCCAAGUGGCAUUUAGGAAUACGGAGUCAAAGCAAACCUUAUGAUAUCAUGGCUGAAGUCUACCGUGCUAUGAAACACUUGGAAUUUGAAUGGAAGGUGGUGAAUGCUUAUCAUCUUAGAGUUCGUAGAAAGAAUCCAGUGACUGGAAAUUUCGUCAAAAUGAGUUUGCAGCUUUAUCAGGUUGACAAUCGCAGCUAUCUGCUGGACUUUAAAAGUAUUGAUGAUGAUGUCAUGGAGCAAAGAUCAGGCUCUUCGACACCUCAGCGCUCAUGCUCUGCAGCUCGAUUGCACAGACCAAGACUGAGUUUUGAUUCUGCCACUGUUGAUUACCAGUCACUCUCAGGGACUCUCACUGGCUCCCUGACGGGGAGCACGUCCUCUGUUACACCUCGCCUUGGUAGCCACACCAUGGAUUUCUUUGAAAUGUGUGCCAGUCUCAUCAUGGCCCUUGCUCGCUGACAGGUAUCCUUAGGAAGCUUGAUUUCUUUGGUCAGUGCCAGCCAGCCUGAUAUCUGCACAAAAAGGAUAAAUUGGCCACUUGCAGCAAGGAAAGCCUACUUCUGAAAGUGGAAAUAUCAGAUCCUACAGACAUGCUAUAUUUUGUACGUUAAGGGAAAUAGGCAAAUGUGGUCAGUGUAUGUAAUUCCAAUGGCAGAAUUUGCUUUAUUUUUGCAAGAAGUUUGGUAUAGCCAUGUUUAGGUCAUGAGUGUAUGGUUGCAGUGGUGGAGCAGUGAGAGACAGACAUGAAAAGCACUAUGGGCCCUUUCCAACAGUUGACAGUUCUUAUUGGUUGCCACUGUAAAGUUAAAUGCAUCAAAAAAAUGCAACAGCUGCCAAAUUCUGAAAAUGUCUGCAGGUGCAGAAACUGCAGUGCUCUUUGCUGUUGUGAACACAUCUGUGCAAUAAUGUUCCUGAAGACUUGAUAAUUCCUUUAUAAUUCAGUAUACUGAUUUCAGAAAACAAAGAUAAUACACUACUAGAGGGUUGAUUUGCACUUACAUCCCUGGAGGUUUUUCCCCCCCACCUCUGCUGUUAUUCCAUGGACUGUAAGAAGCAAAAUCACCCCUAGAGACUGUAGCUCAAUGAGAAAUGCAAUUUAUGAAUACUUGAGGCCCUAAAUAGUAAAUAUUUAUAGGCUUAGUCCCAGGCAUCUCUAUUGGGUAAAUCUGUGGUGAAAGGCCUCUGGUCAAGCUGUGAUAUAAUACGUUCUGUGGGAGUGAUUUUUGAAUGCUCAGGGAGUAAGCACAAAUCCUAGAUUCUUGGGAAUGAACUGUUGCAAUGUAAAAAUGCAUCUCUUCAUUCCAAACGCAGUCCUGUAAUUAAGUCAGAUACCACAGGGAAAUUAUUUCCUAAGGACAUGGAGAGCAGGACAUAAGAACUGAUGAUAACUAUCCUCAGAAGCAGUGGACUGUAUAAGUGGCUCUCAAUUUUUGAUUCAUUGAAGUUGACUACAGUUCCCAUUCAACUUAGCCAUUGUGGCUAUUGAUAUGAGCUACUAGGUUUUCUGUAGUUCAGAAGCAUCUGGAGAUCCAAACAUUGGGAACCACAGAGCUAAAUGACCUGUUUGCCUGGCUUGUUAAGGCACUCCUCUUAUAUUCUUAUCAUGUUGUGAUGAAAUUAGAGAAAGUAGCAAUUUUUAUGAACAACAGCAUAUGAGCAAUGAUGCAUAUACCUCUACCGUUCCAAAGUGUGAUAAGACUUUGCUGAAUUUUGUAACAGAAUUUUGAUUACCAUGGAGAGAGAUAUAGAUACUCAGAGAUAAAAAUAGAAUGAAAUAUAUGAGCCACUAAGUAGAACAGUGCAUGUGCAGGAACAAUGUUGAUUUAGCGUAUGCACAAACUUACAGGAUUCACAAGGAGAGUCCUGUCUGCUGUCUUUAUAAUACCUUCCAGUCACAACCAGUGCCUAAAAUGUAUGGACUAAAGCCCACUCCUCCACUCUUCCUCCUUUGUCUGCCAAGAAGUAGCAGACAGUGGGUGGAUGGUUCCUCACCUCCCUUACUUUGGCUAGUGACUAGGCAACACUCCUCCAGCUGGCAGCCUACGGUAUAUAAAUUAGCAAACCCUUAAAAUGCCAACAAGCUUUUUUUGAGAGGUGGUAGUAGGACAAGGUCAUCAACUUUUACCAAACUAUCCUCACAGCAGCAUGUUCACAGUUUUAAUUAAAGUUGUACAUUAGGGAGUUUCUUUUCCCUCUAAAGAAAUUCUUUCCACUGCAAUCUUUCAUAACCACUUUGUGCUCAAAGUUUUUCCAUUGUCCUGGGAUUAUUACGUUCCAACUACCUACUAUGUCCAAUAAGCAAUCUGUUCUUAAUUACAUUAUUAGUCCUCCAUCAAUCGUUAUGGGCCAUGCCUUGCACUAAAUAUACCAAAGUGACAAGACCUGUAUAUUUAAAUAAGGAACACAUAUUAAUCCCAGUACAGUUGCAGAACUGAUCAAGAUGUAGAGUUUUAUAAUUGUAGGAUGGAGAGAAAAAUUAUAUGUUCUUGGGAGAGAGGUUCUUUGGUAACACACUUUUUGACAAAGAAAGCUCAAUAAGCAAAACCCUGCAAGUGGCAUAGAUCAGCAUAUACCCUAGUUACUCAGGUGCAUAUAUUUUGCAGGAGUAUUGUGGAAAAGGGCAUCCAAUACUGCCUUAUGCUGCCCCUUGCUUCAGAGAAUAGUGGCCUCCCACACAGGGCUCUAUUCCCAUGGUUCCUGACUGACUGACUGUCUCAGGUUCUUUCAAGCACCCUGGGAUGGAAGGAGCCAGUCUGAUGCACAGGUGUACUCCCACACCCAAACACUAGCCAAAGGGACAGAGGUGCACCUAGAAGCUCCAACUGCUGAUGUGCAGUGAGAGUGGAAAUCAGGACAAAGAAACAAUGGCAUAAGUACAGUACAAUGAUAUUGACUUAGGCUGUCCCAGCAGGUGUACCAAGUCUCAUUUACACUGACAAAGGAAGAGAAUUAUGGGGAUGCCAAGGCUGUUCAGAGAUGUAGCAAGGAACAUGAUAAAGGGAAAUUUUAAAAGAAGAAAAGGAAAGAAUCAGCAGGAAAGCAUUAUGGCAUCUCAAAGAGAUGUGCCCCCCCCCUUAAAAAUUUAGUCCAUUUUUUCUUCUAUUGCUUUGACCGGUACUGAUCCAGGAUUUCUGGGCUUCUCUCUGCCCUCCAACUCACUGAUGUAAACACACACUGCUAUAAGGAGACUUUAGGUUGAGUGGAAAAGAACUACAUUUUUGUUUUACUUUUUUUGGUAAGCACUAAGAAUAUUUAUCCAUUCAUAUAAUAAUCUAGAAUAUGUCUUAUGAAAAGUAAAUCCCACUAAGUUCAAUUACUUUUAGGUAAACAGAUAUAGGGCUGUAGUCUAAUCAAUACCCUCUGUAAUAUCCACGCUUUAAGAAAAAUGACAUUUAGCUUGUUUGUAUAUUAUUCUUCUAUUAGUGGCUUUGUGACAGCCACCACAGCAGAUCAGCUGGCACUAGGCUGCACAACCAGACUGGAAAGUAAGAGAGAGGUUGAUUAUUUUGACUAUCAUAAAGGCCAGGCAGUCAGCACUGUGCAUCGCUAGUUUGGUUUGGAAAUCAGAGCAACUUGUUGUUCCUAGUUUGUCUGUUCCUUAUUGAAAUGUAUCAAUCUGCCUUAAAAGAGUGACUUGGAUCCUUAGCGGGAUCACUGCUCAUUUGAAUUAUAUUGUUGGUAUCAACAAGAACUAAAUCAUUAGGUUUUUCUCCUAAUUUGUUCCUCUAACCUCUUCAUUUCUCUCACCAAUUUCUUUCAGUCCUUGUUACAUGGUUCUGUUUCUUCUUACCACCUUUCCCCCAAUGAUCUUGCUACUGGGAAUUUUUUAACAUCAGUCCAAAAUAAAAUAUGCAUCUGAUGGUUUCCUUA